AUGCACAACGGCGACCUCGUUUAUCAGACCCUCUCCCGAGAACUUAGCGGGUCCAGGCCGAAUGGACGGAGAGGAGGAAUAGCGAAGCGCGGAGAAGGCAGCCCAUCCAUAACACCUACCCGCCACGAGCAAGACACCGAAGCCUCGUACUUCCAGGGCGCGACGUUCACCAAAGAAGAUGAAGAACCCAACCUCGACGCAUAUCCUCCCUCGCCACCGCUAUCGCCCAAAACGACAGUACCACCAAAAGCGCCAACGAGACACCUCGCGGAACGCAAACGUGGCCAUGUGCGUCAUCGCACAUCGUUGAAGCGCAGAUCGAGCUGGAAUCCAAAUCUCAAGCAAGAGUUCCUACGACGGGCUUCGAUCGACUCCAUCAUCGCACCGUUCAAAGAUACGAUAUGGCUUGAAUCAGAGCAAUGCCUCACCCAAUGGAUAGAAUCCGACCAGGACAACCACAACACCUGUCCCAUCUGCAGAGAACAACUAUUCUCUAAAAUCAACAAGCCCGAAUUUGUCGAAGGAGCACGAGACAUAGUCGGCCCACAUUACACAAUGGCCCACCAGAUCCAGACCUGGAGACCGGCCAAGACAUUCGUCAAGAACAUGUGGCGUGCCAUGUACAGGCUCUACGAACGAGAUCAGGUCAUUUACGACUCUGACAUUGAAGAGCAUAUCAACGCUAGGAUGGUUCCUGGUUUCUAUAUAUUCAGUGACCAUUGGCCUGGAAUCAGGGAAGAAGCUCGGAGGAUGGUGCGAGAACACUAUAGGAAUGGAAGCUAUGUUCCGCUCAUAGGAAUGCAGCUUAGGUUUUACUUGUACAACGUCGAGAGCGUGUUGGAAUGGCAGAUUGAAGACGAAGAAUCGGAACAUGAGGUGUCAGGUGAUGAACCAUCAGAUGACGAGGCGUCACAUGUUGAAGAUGACGACGAUGAUAUGUCGAUGGCGGAUUCAACGGAGUAA